AUGGGACUUACCAAACAAUAUUUGCGAUAUACACACGAUGGUACCUGUAAUGUGGUAGCAUCAAGUAGUGGAACUGUUGCCGCUAUCACUGAUAACAUUUGCGCUGUGUCAGCAUGUGAAAAUGUUCAUUUUUAUAACAUGAGAAAAGGAGAGAAAGUUGAUGAAAUCAGAGGGUCGAAUAAGUGUGUUUCAACCAUUAAAUUUAGUGGGAAUAGACGGUUCCUUGCUGUUGGAUAUGUCGAUGGAACAACUCGAUUGUACGAUCGGAAAAGCGAUGAUCGGUCAAUGUAUCUCACAUUUUCGGGACACAGAACAGGUGUUAACUGUAUUGCAUUUAGUAAGGAUGGUUUGACAUUGGCAACUGGUGGAAAGGAUUCAGCGGUGGUUAUUUGGGAUAUCGUAAAUGAAUCUGGUUUAUUUCGUUUAAACGGGCACAAAAAUUCGGUGACACAUUUGCAAUUUACAUUAGAUGGACGAUUUCUUAUUAGCAGCUCAAAAGAUUCAUAUGUGAAGUUCUGGAGUUUAGAUUCAAGAAGUUGCUUCUUCACCAUAACAGAUUGUCAUUCCGAGGUUUACACGUUUUCGCUGCUCAAAAACGAUACUUUUCUACUGGUUGGAUCGGCAGAGUUAGAACUACGAGUCUUUGAACUUAAUUGGUUAGAAAAAAAGGAGAUGGAUGACGAAGAUAAUAACUCAACGAAGAAAUUAAAAGCUAACGAUAACUCUGUUGAAUAUACUGAAGAUACGCAGGCAAAUAACAUUGUACGUUGUGUGAAAAAAGGACAAAUUUUGAGACGUUCUAAAGGACGAACUCUUCAGCUUGCUGUUAGCCGGGAUGAGAAACUUAUUGCAUGUGUGGGUUCGUUACACUGUGUCGAUAUCUUCCGAAUCUAUGAUGAUGAUGAAUCACAAAAGCGUUUGAUGAAAAAACUUCGAAAGGCUCGGAAAAAAUCGACUGAAAGUGGUGACGCGGGAGCAAUUUCGGAAACAGAUAUUGCAAAAGAUGUUACCAUUUUGAUCUCACGAAUAGGUGAAUAUAAACCGAAUGGGAAGGUGAAAUGGAUUGAUUUUAGCUCAGGUGUGAAACAGUGUGGAGAUGAAAUACUCCAAUAUCAGUUAUAUAUACUCUACGCAGAGAAUACAGUUCUCUCUGAAACAAUGUUAGUCGAUUUCAAAUCAAAUGAAGUGCAGUUUGCUGAUUUGGCUGAUUUGAAUCAGUUAGGUCAUCGUACAGAUGUUCGAUGUCUCGCAGUUGCAGAAAGUGGAUUCAGUUUUGUAUCAGGAAGCGCAGAAUCGGCUAUUGUUUGGAAUUUGCAUAGUCUCAAGAUUUCGCAUACAUUAGAGGAUGAACAAAUGGCAGAUAUCACUGCGUCACUAUUUGUUACCGGCGAUAAACAUAUUAUUUUAGCAACUAAGGAGGGCAACAUCUUUCUGUUUGAAUUGGCAACAAAUGAAAUGCUUGAAAUGUUAAGAAAGCUCAUGAUGGAGCUGUUUGGCAGCUUAUUCCAACGCCUGAUAAGAGAGGCUUCGUCUCGUGUGGUAAUGAUAAGACGGUUCGAUAUUGGAAUUACGAAUUAGUAAGUGAAGGAACAAGGAAACGUCUAUCAGUAAAGCCUUGCCGCGUAUUGGAAGUACCAGAUGAAGCAUUAUGCGUUGCUGCUAGUAAUGAUUCACGUUUUCUUGCUGUAGGACUUCUAGAUAAUACAGCAUGUGUUCAUUUCGUGGAUACAUUCAAAUUUUUCGUUUCGCUUUAUGGACAUUCACUCCCUGUUACAGCCAUUCAUAUUUCAUAUGAUAAUAAAUUAGUUGCUACUGGAUCAGCCGAUAAAAGCGUCAAGAUAUGGGGAUUAGAUUUUGGUGAUUGUCACAAGUCUUUUCAUGCUCACGAUGACAUUGUGACUUGCGUUUUAUUUUCACCAGAAGAAAAUUUGCUGUGGUCUGCCGGUAAAGACGGCUUGAUCAAACAAUGGGAUGCAGUGAAGUUUGAACGAAUUCAGGUUUUAAAUCUACACUCAGCGGAAAUUCGAGCUCUUGCACAAACUACUAAUGGAAAAUGUGUCAUUUCCUCCUCUCACGAUAAAUCAAUCCGAUUGUGGGAGCUAACAGAAGAAAUCAUUGUUCUUCAAGAAGAAGAAGCAAUGGAACGAGAAAAAGAAUAUGAAAAACGUCUUAUUCAAUUGAAUGAUGUUGUGCCUGGUGAAGAAAAAAUUAAUGAAGCCGAAAUAGCAGUGCAGAAAACUAUCGCAAGUAUUAAAUCGACUGAGGAUAUUAUUGAAGCAUUAGAGAUCAUGCGAAAUGAGAAGAUAGCUAUGUUGGAUGAUCCAAAGCAUGAAAAGCAUCCACUGUUGUCAUACUUUGAAAGCGCAUCACUUGAUCAUUUUGUACUUGAUGUGAUUCAACGUGUUCCAUCGAGUCAUUUGGAAAAAAGUUUGUUAAUGGUGCCAUUCGGUUUUGUGCCGGAUAUUAUCAGAGCUUUGGGUGUUUGUAUUGGAAAAGGUUAUAAAGCAGAAUUAGCAACACGUGUACUAAUUUUCAUUGUAAAAAUUCAUCACAAUUAUCUCAUAACACAAACUGAUUUGAUAACGCUUUUCGAUGAUUUAUGUCGCAAGGUCCCGCGAGGAUUGAAUGAUUUACGGGAUAUCUGUGGUUUCAAUCUGGCGGCUUUGAAACUUUUUCAAAAAGAAGUGGAAGAAGAGUCAGAAGUGAAAAUGUUUGCCGAUUUUUCAGAAUUAGGAAAGAAAACAAAAAAGAAAUCAAGAAAAACUGUGACGAAAGUUUUUGCUUAG